CUUGCUUCCAUGGAUACUCAUCCAAUUCUCAAAGAUUUCCCGUCAAUAUUAAACAUUCCCGUGAAUUCUGAAAAUUAAAUCCAAAAGCUAGCAAACCCAUUUUUGCUUUGGAAGUAUUGUGUUGUAAUUUCUCUCAAUUUUUAGGUUCUUGUAUUGUACGAAUUUGCAAAAGUCGAAGCAGCUUAAUAGAGAGAGCUUGUGAUCUUUCUCUCUCUCGCGCGCGCGCUCUGUGAGAGAAGAAGGUUCUGAUCGUGUUCCUCUUCUUGGUAGCAAACCAAAUCUUUCUGUCUUUCAUUCUCUCUUCCUUACACAGACUAUCUGUCUAUCUCCACUCCACAUUUUGUCUUCUUUACUCCUCUCCCCUUCCAAAUUCCAGUGGCUUCUUCCCUUCUUUUUUGUUCAUCUUCUGCAAUUGAUUCUGCGUUUUUUGGUGAUUUCCUGUUCUGCAAAGUCCAGGGCUUGAUUUUGCUCGGUUGAGAAUUCAAGUCAAGAGAGUAUAUAUAUAUAUAUAUACAUAUAUAUAGUUCUUCAACUGGUGGUGCUAUGGUUAAACAGUAUUUUGAGGAUUUCUCUUUGCUAAGGAUAUCACGAAUCGACACAGAUGGAUAACGUAUUGUUGUAUCAUGAGGACAGUUUAUGAAUCUAGAAUUUCAAGGCUUUACCUGUUUUAAACAAGGAACUGGUAUAGCUCAUGCGGUUCCUUGUUUAUAGAAGCGAUCGUUAGAAAGUUUCUGCUGAUGCUGAAAUCAGCUUAGUUUGGAUCAAGUUUCGGAACAGUAAUUGAUUCGAGGAAAUUCUUUUUACAUGGGUAAUAAGCUAGGAAGGAGGAGACAAAUAGUUGAUGAGAAGUACACAAAGCCUCAGGGGCUUUACAACCAUAAAGAAGUGGAUCAUAAGAAACUUAGGAAACUCAUACUUGAAUCAAAGCUAGCUCCAUGUUAUCCUGGAGAUGAAGAAUCUGCCACUGAUCUUGAAGAAUGCCCCAUAUGCUUUCUGUAUUAUCCGAGUCUCAAUCGAUCAAGAUGUUGCAUGAAAAGCAUUUGUACAGAGUGUUUUCUACAGAUGAAAGUUCCAAAUUCUACCCGACCUACACAGUGUCCUUUUUGCAAAACCUCAAAUUAUGCUGUGGAGUAUCGAGGCGUGAAAUCAAAAGAAGAGAAGAGUUUGGAGCAAAUUGAAGAACAGCGUGUUAUUGAAGCAAAGAUUAGAAUUCGGCAGCAGGAGCUUCAGGAUGAUGAGGAAAGAAUGCAGAAAAGACAUGGAUUAAGUACCUCUAACGUUGAUACGACUGCGGAGGAUGGUGAAGACAGCUCUGCAGCUGUUCCAUCGUCUCAAUCUCCUUCCGAAGAUGAGGAAAUAGUUAGCUUGCAAGAUUCUUGUAUGACCCCGAUCAGACCGCCGCCACCUCCUAUUCCUAUUAGGAGCAACAGAAAUUUCAGGGAUGAUGAAUUUGAACUGGAUCUAGAGGACAUAAUGGUGAUGGAAGCAAUCUGGCUCUCAAUUCAGGAGAAAGGAAGGCAUCAAGAUCCAGUUUACACUGAGGCUGCUUCCUCUGAUCAAUAUCCGACAGAAGGUCGAUAUGUCUCUCCGACCACCGUUCCAUUAGCUGGAACAUCAUCAUCAUCAUCAUCCCCAUCUGGAGGUCUUGUUUGUGCCAUGGCUGCUCUUGCAGAGCAGCAGCAGCAGCAGAUAGGCAGGGGACCAUUAUCGACUUGCGCAAAUGGAGAUUCACCCGUCUUCAAUAUGCAUCCUGGAGCCACGGAGUUCUACAACAGGAUGAACAUCAAUGUAGAAAACUAUCCACCACUACAAAUCUCAAUCAACACAGAAGAUUAUACGCCUGCACAACUCUCUAUCAACACGAUACCGAUACCAGAUUGUAGGAUGAUCUUAACAAGAAACGGUGGCGAGUGGAAUCUGGACAAUCAAUCUGAAGAAGAUGAAGCUGGGACAAGCUACCCAACCUCCGACUCGACCGAAGAUAAUGGUAUUGACUGUGCCUUGCCCACAGUCCAUGCGAUUGAUGGUGGAAACCAAACACCAAUACCCAUCAUGCCUCAGAACUUUGAGGAGCAGAUGAUGCUAGCCAUGGCUGUUUCUCUAGCCGAGGCUCGGGGAGUGUCUACUGGACCCGGGCAUUCCUGGCAGCAGUGAUUAUGAUUAUGAUUAUGAUUAUGAUUAUGAUUAUGAUCAAAUCUUAACUUGAACAUUCGGUUGUAGCCAAUACCAACAUAGCUGGCAGAGAGAGCGCGUUGGUGUCGUAUCCGAGCUGCAAGGUAGGAAAUCGACUCAAGGAGUGGCGUGAUGUUUGUUCAAAGGUUGUUCUCCCUCGGCGGGUCGGGUGAAAAAAAGAAAAAGAAGUGUAAAAAUGGAAUACAAAUUCUUUUAGUGAAUUCAAAAUUUGGGUGGUUCAUUCAAGUUCAUGGAUGGAUGGAUGGAUGGCAAUA